CGGCCGGUUGCGUCUGCUGUGGUCUCAGCUGAUGAUGCCCGCACACGCCAAUUUCUCUGGAGCUUCGAUCUGGGGAUCCCAGCCUGCUAUCGAUCCUAUCCGAAGGCAGGUAUUCCUUGCAACAGGAAACACCUACUCUCUUCCAGAGGAAUUUCAAGCUUGUCAGAACCAGACAGCGAAUAUCACUGUGAUCAAAGAGGGCCUUGCUCCGGAACCAUGUCUACCUCGAGACGUCCUCCAAGAAAGUAUCCUAGCGCUCGACUUGGACACAGGACGUGUUAAUUGGCAACGACAAUUGGGUCCACUUGAUGCGUGGAAUGCCGCUUGCACGGUGGGUCUACUUGGCCCAGGACUGCCAGGAGAGCAGGCAUCAUGUCCUUCGACUCCUGGCAUAGAUGCCGACUUUGGUAUGGCGCCAACAUUUGUGCUCGGCUCGGAACAUACUCCGUCCGAGUUGGAUAUCAUUGUGAUUGGACAGAAGAACGGGAACUUAUAUGCUCUUAAUGCUGCUACUGGCCAUAUCCUUUGGUUGACAUCGACUGGACCCGAUGGACUUGAAGGCGGGUUGAACUGGGGCAUUGCGGCUGAUGAUACGUCUGUUUAUUAUACGGCUAUCAACAUCAACCGGGUGAACUACACUUUACCGGCGGGGGAUGGGAAAACGGUCAUCUCAAACAGUGCGUUCGGGGCAGCGAGUCUGAAAGAUGGAAAGAUUCUCUGGCAAACGGCAUCUCCAAGGAACACGACGAGCAUUAUCGUGCCUUCCGUUGUUAAUGACCUUGUGCUUACUGGUAUUACGGGCAAUUGGAGUGCGACGAGCAUUUUUCCUGCGGGACCCGGGAGCCUUUUGUCUCUCGACAAGAAGACUGGGCGGAUUGUGAAAGAGGUGCAUCUCGACGCGUACUUUCAUGGUGGGAUGGCCAUCGUCCAUGACUAUGUUAUGUUUGGCUCUGGGUACGGAGGUCUUGAGCCACCAAACCCGGGUUCUUUCCAGACGUGGAAGUUGACAGCAGAUGACUAAGAAAGAGUAUCGAGUCUCUCAUAUUCAAUAAUUCUUGACAAUAUAAAUUACCUAGCGGGAAACGAAUGUUA